AGCGAGACGUUUCUGUCAGUGGAUAGUUUCUAACACUGGUUUUGCUCAAACCAGACAGCAUCUGGACGGCUGUUGGACGAUAAACUAUUUUGUCGACUCCAACUAUUUGUCUUGCCAUUUAAAUAAGUGAAAAGUAUAAAAGGAGCCAUGGAAAUAAAUGGAAGUCCCAGGAAAUUAGAUUUUAAAACAGCGUUUGCUGCCCUGUCGUCUUUCAUCUAAGAACUUUGUAGACUACCCCAUGCUCUGGUCGGAAUGAAAAGUCUGGAGGGAGAUGUGGACCUGCAGUUUUUGCUGAGGGGUGGAGACCUGUUAAAGGUGAAGUCCGGCUCAUGGAAGAAGACCCGCUUUCUACAGCUGAAAGAAGACUGCAAGACAGUGUGGCAGCAAUCCAGCAAGAGGUUCAAGAGUCACCAAAUCUUCAGCCUCGAGGACGUCAACUCUGUGCGGCACGGUCGGCAGACUGAUGGGCUCAAGAAGUACACAGAGCCAUCUAUGGAGGACCGCUGCUUCUCCGUCAUCUUCAUAGGGCGACGCAAGAACCUGGACUUGAUCGCUUCAUCCAAAGAUGAGGCCAAGCAGUGGGUCAGAGGUUUGGAGAAGGUCAUCAGCAGCAUGCGCAACCUGAACCGCCAGCAAAACAGCGAACACUGGAUCUACACAUGCAUGCGCAAAGCAGACAAGAAUGGUGACAACAAAAUGACGUUGAAGGAGGUAAAGAAUUUCAUGCGACAAAUCAAUUUGGAGGUGGACGACAGUUAUGCUGAAAUGCUGUUUACGAAAUGUGAUACAUCAAAGUCAGGCACUCUGGAGGACUCGGAGAUUAAACAUUUCUACGAGCUGCUGACUUACCGUGAGGAAGUCGACGUGAUCUUUAAAAAGUACGGCCAUUAUAAAGAGCAGAUGAGCUCAGACGAUCUGCUUAACUUUCUCCAGCAUGAACAGAGGGAGCCAGUGGGUUUGGAAUAUGCCCAUAAGAUCAUUGAGAAAUACGAGGUGGAUGAGACAGCCAAACAGAUGAAGCAGAUGACUAAAGAUGGCUUCCUGAUGUAUUUCAGCCAUGAGGAAGGCAGCAUCUUCAACUCCGCUCACAAAGAUGUGUACCAAGACAUGCGACAACCGUUCAAUCAUUACUUCAUUUCCUCUUCCCAUAACACCUAUCUGAUGGAGGACCAGCUGAAAGGUCCAAGCAGCACAGAGGCAUAUAUCAAAGCGUUACUGAAGGGCUGUCGCUGUGUGGAGCUGGAUUGUUGGGAUGGUGCAAACGGGGAGCCCGUCAUCUACCAUGGACACACCCUCACAUCCAAAGUGCUCUUUAAAGAUGUCAUCAAGGCCAUCAAAGAAUAUGCUUUCAAAACCUCAAAGUACCCAGUUAUCUUGUCUCUGGAAAACCAUUGCAGCGUAGAGCAGCAGAAAACCAUGGCCCAUCACUUAACCUCCAUCCUGGGCAGCGCUCUUCUCACUCAACCCCUGGGGAAUUACAUGCCCACAACAUUUCCAGGACCUGAGGAACUAAAGGGACGUUUCCUAAUCAAAGGCAAGCGUUUGAAUAAAUUAGCCGCGUCGUUCAAUAAUAACAGCACAGAGGACGUGGACAGUGUGUCUGAGGAAGACGAAUCUGCUGAACCGAAAGAGAAUGAAGAGAAACCCAAAGACCAGAAGUCAAAAAAGAUCAAACUGGCUAAGGAACUGUCAGAUCUUGUCAUCUACUGCAAGAGUGUUCAUUUCAGUAGUUUUGACCAUUCAAAAGAAAACCAGGCGUUUUAUGAAAUGGCCUCUUUUAAGGAGAGCAAAGCUGUGAAUUUUGCGGAGAACUCGGCCACAGCAUAUAUUCAUCACAACAUGGAUAAACUGAGUCGAAUCUACCCAGCCGGCUCCAGAACAGAUUCUUCCAACUACAAUCCAGUGCCAUUAUGGAACGCUGGCUGCCAAAUAGUCGCUCUGAAUUUUCAGACCCCCUGUAGGGAGAUGGAUCUGAAUCAGGGCUGCUUUCUACCCAAUGGCAAGUGUGGUUAUAAACUGAAGCCAGAGUUUCUGAGAGACCCAGCAUCACAAUUCAACCCUGUUAACCUCAGUGUCGGCCCUUGGCUACAAAAGAAGUACCUGCAUGUCAUGGUCAUCUCGGCCCAGCAGCUGCCGAAGCUCAACAAGGACAAACAAUCAUCCAUCGUGGACCCUCUGGUAAAAGUGGAGGUCUGGGGCAUACAAGCUGACAAUGCCAUGCAACAAACCAAUCACAUUGACAACAAUGGUUUCAAUCCUAUGUGGAAUAGCAAGUUUAAGUUCCUCGUCUAUGUACCGGAACUGGCUUUGGUGCGAUUUUUGGUGAAGGACUAUGACGCUUCUUCCCAUAAUGACUUUGUUGGACAGUACACCAUCCCUUUCACCAGCAUGCAGAUGGGCUAUCGUCAUGUGCCUCUGCUGACUAAGAGAGGAGACCUCAUCCCUUCAGCUGGACUCUUUGUACACAUCAUGAUUCUGGAUGCUGUAUAGACUCAAUAGUGUGCAGGCCACUGAGGAGGACAAUCAACUGUACAAAAUCUCCUCAGCAAACACAUUCUAGGAAAAGUUUCCCUAAGUUUUGGAUAGUUCAUCAACUGUCUAUCCUUCCUUGCGUGCACUUUUUAGGUUACAAUACACAGUAAAGUGUAUUUUAAAUCAUUUUUAACAUGAUUUUACCCCCACAAUCAGUGCAUAAAAUGUGUGUACAUUCAUCCAGAAGGUUUAGAAGUUACUGUCUGUUACAUUUUAGUUUUGGUCAUUUGGAACUAUUAUGUUGUGGAACAUAUUUAUUUAGUGUUAAAUGUGGAUUAAGAAAAGGAAGAUUUUUUGCCUAACACUGUUUUAUCUCUAAAAUUGUUCAUAUUUAAAAAAGUAUUUAAAAAUACUACUAUGCCUCAUGAUCAUUUAACAGAGUAUUUUAAAUAAGUGUUUGUAUAUUAUUUUGAUUAUAUAACCUUUGAGGUUGACCGAACGGCAAGCCUUUAUAUCUUAUUUACGUACAUCUCAAAUAAGCUUUGUAUUUUUAAAGAGAUUUAAUCGUAACACUAGCAUUCCUGUUUUCUAGAUCUGUGAAAUUUGUGGUAAAUAUAAUGUGAUUUUUACAGUAGGUAUUAGCCUGUACAAUGGAUUUGCUGACUAUGCUUAGUUUUGAAUACAACACCACACUUUUAAGUUCAACUCAGGAUACAACCAUCGGACAGUGACCUGUUCACACAAUGUUAACAAAACAAUAUUAUCUUUUUCUUUAUUUUCUGAAUGUUUACCCUGUAUGGAUGGAUUCAUAAAUUAAGUUGUGUUUCUAUGAGAAUCUGAACAAUAGGUUAGUAUCUAUAUUAUUUUUUAGAGUAGGAGAGUUGCACUACAAAUGUCUAUAACAUUAAAGAAAAAACGUAUACUGUAUGCUUUAUAUUUGAGGCAUUUUGUAUAAAUUUUGGGUACAAGGAAUUGUUGCUUCAAUUGUACUAGUUUAAUAGAAAUGUAAAAUGAUCUAAUGUGUGUUAGAGGACAGUUGUUACACAGACAAGAACUGACUAUAAAUGGUGCGGUAACAUCCGUUUCUUAUGUCUUGAUGUGAUGGUCUUACAUUGUUCUCUAAACCUGCUUUACUGACAAUGCUAAAAUACAUAAAUGUUGUGUAACUAAAUAAAAACAACACAAGUCUUCUAAGCAUGUGUUUUUA